ACAACGUUGCCAGUAAUAUGUUACGACGUAGAAACAAACAGAAAGUAGAACCAAGUACUUUUGUAUUAUAUAUUUAGAUCAUGAAGCUUGUCCAACCAGUAAGUGUUAUUUUUCCGUCCUAUUCUCGAGAAAUUGAAACGUUUUUACUGGGAAUGUAUAUCGUUUAAAAAUGUCCUCCUCGCUCAUUUGCCUGCAUCAUUCCUGGGACACAGUGAUUCGGUGAUACAGCUCUAACAGACAGACCGCCAGCAAGAGAGUGUAGUAAUGGCCAACACAUUCCUAGUCGCCCAUCUGCUCCUGAUACUCUGCGGUGGACUACGUCUGUGCUUCACUGCUGAGUCAGCAAUUCCUCUAGCAGCAACCAGUAAAAGCAUCUCUGCUUCUAUUACUGAAGCAGAAUACAGGCAGCUCAAUACGACCCUGAUGGACGUCGUCAACAAGUACAGUAACUUUAAACAGGCUUACCAACAAACUUCCAGUAAACGUGCUUCAGUCCUAGCGAUGGGGAAAAAGUUAGGCUUGACGGAUGAGGAAUCUCUAGCAGCAAUGAUAUACACGACAACAGCUGUGCAUAGCGAAUUCAACAGAAUACUGAGAGAGGGCGAUACCUCCAAAUACGACACAUCUUUCCAAGUGUUUCACUUCCUCUUGAUUUCCGCCAUCGAGAAGAUUCGCGUGAAGCAGACCCUCGCGGUAUAUCUGUACAGAGGUGCUGGGAAGAUUUUCUCGGCAACACAAGGGGCUGCGCUGCGUCUUCCGGGGUACACCUCAACCUCAACCAAAAAGGGGGUGGCUGAAGGUUUUAGAGGCAACAAGGGGACAUUGAUUCGUUUAAAGGGCGUUAAGUUUGGAGCUGAUAUCUCGGGCUUCUCAGUAUUUCCGGGAGAAGCUGAAAUCCUGAUUCCCCCUUAUGAAAGUUUCAAAGUCGCUACUGUCAGCACAGAUAGUAAAGGCCCACUCAUCUACCUGGAAAGUAUCGGGGAGAAAUGCGGAGCCGGUCACGAUGACCUCCGUAGACGUCGCUACACAGGAGGGCCGUGCCGGUGCUGCAGACAGCCACUUAAGGCACUUAACGAGCCGCUUAAUGGAGACGUGCCACUGCAGACGGGCUGGGCUGUCCUUGCCGUCCCUCUUGCAGUCUAUCUCAUUGUUAAUUGAUUUUCAGGUGCAUUACUUUGCAUUAUAACUAAAAUGGAUAGAAUUAUCAUUAAAACGCCCGCAUGUUAUCAGGAAUGCGCGGGCCACUGUAACUUGAUAAUGCCCUCAUAUUACUUGACGACGGGCCAUUAUCACGCCCGUUGUUAAGUGACGUCAUAGGACAGGGAUAGGUGACGUCACGUUCAAUAGUGUCGUCAUCUGGUUUGUUCUAUGACGUUUCCAUAUAUAUAAAAGUGGGCAACAAGGGGACAUUGAUACGUUUAAAGGGGAAGUGUACACGCAAAAAUGACUUUCUUUCUUUUUCUAAACAAAACGCAAUUUUAGAAUUAAUUAGUAUCUGUGUUUGAAAAUAUACACUCAUUUUUUUCACAGUGAAAGUAGGAAG